UCCACAGCCGCUAGUAAUCUGCGGCUGCGGUGGUGGACCUUGAGCUGUCUGUAGCCGCUCGUAGGCCGAUUUGCUAAGUCUUUGCCUUAAGACUGGCCUUCGAUACCGUGGCUUGGAGUCUGAGGAAAACUUUUUGUGUGUACGGCGCGUCCACACACGUAUAUCCAGCCUAGCCAUACUAUAGCCAUAAGUAGUUGCGAGGCGACAUGAUGAUGCGCGUCGCACUAUGCGCCGUUGCGGCGACAGCCUUACAGCUGCCCGUCACGAUGCCGCCUUUACCAAAGUGGUCGACGCAGCUCAACGUAGAGAACUUGCCGCAGCCGCCGACGCUCCAGCUCCCCAGCCUCCCCGAAAAGCUGCCGACCGUAGAGCUGCCGGCCAUCCAACCACCAGUUCUCCCGCAAGCGCCCGACGGCUCCGUCACGGACCUAGCGACGCGAUUACUGAGCGAGGCCCAGCACGCCUUGCAGGGCGACUGGACGCCGUACGCGACCGUCAUGGCCGCCUCCUGCGCCGCGACCGUCGCUCUUACACUGCCAGCACUUUUACUCACAGGAGCCGCCGAGCGCAAGCGGCAGGAACGCACAGCAACACAAUUACCGGAAGAGGCGGAGGCCCCGUACAAGGGUGGGGCCAACGACUACUCGCCCGCAAAGGCCGAGGCCUUCUACGCCAAGAGGCCUUUGCUCGUUGCGGAGCGGUUGGCCUGGCUGACACAAGCUACAUUUGCGUUCAACGUCAAAUUGUUAAUUGAUUACUUACGAGGCUGGCCCGAGGCCUCAGAACCGGAGCGGGCCAAAGAAUGUUUGGCGUUAUGCGAAGAACUAGGACCGACCUUCAUCAAGCUCGGACAAGCUUUGUCUAUUAGAACUGAUCUCAUCAGUGAAGCCUACGCGUUGGAGCUGCGAAAGCUCCAGGACGCGGUGCCUCCGUUUAGUGAUGCUCAGGCCACCGCUAUUUUACGAAGAGACUUAGGCGUCCGUGAUUUAUCAGACAUCUUUGAAGAGUUAACACCAUCGCCCAUCGCUUCAGCCUCCAUUGGUCAAGUGUACAAGGGGCGACUGAGGGAAGGCAACUACAAGCCUUCAGAUGACGACCUUGGGGAGGUGCGCGACGUCGCCGUGAAGGUAAGAAGGCCGGGUGUCCUCGCGGACAUUGCUCUAGAUCUCUACGUGUUACGACUACUCACGCCACUACAAGUGCGGAUCUCGAACGCCGUCAACAAGGUAAAAACGGAACCCGAGGACAUCGAAACGGCGCUAGCGCUCGUGGACGAGUGGGGCCGCGGCUUCGUCAAUGAGGUCGAUUAUGUCGCGGAGGCUACCAACACGCAAGAGUUCAGUGAAGCGAUGAAGGCGCGCGGGCUGGGUGCGGUCAUUUCUCCUCGCGUCGUCACGGAUCUAUUGCGAGAGAACGUUUUAGUGACGGAGUGGAUCGAUGGUACGAGACUAGAUGUCUCGGCGUCUCCCGACGUGCCGCGCUUGUGCGGUGUUGCGAUAAAUGCCUACCUGACGAUGUUAUUGGAUACGGGUACCUUGCACUGCGACCCCCACCCCGGCAAUCUGUUGAGGACGUACGACGGGAGGCUAUGUAUCCUGGACUGGGGCAUGACGCUCCAGGUACCGAACGACUUACAGUACGCUUUGUUAGAGUUCAUCGCGCACGUCAACACCGAAGAUCUAGAUGCUAUUCCAAAAGACUUUGUCAACUUAGGAUUCACCCCUCCAGAUAAAUUAGAACGAGUAGCAAAUAGUGGAAUCACCGACGGCCUCAGCUUCAUGUUACGACAGUUGUCUGGUGGCGGUGGGGCGAAAGCAAUGCAGCAACGCGUAAGGAAGGAGUUACAGGACCGCUACGGCACGGAAGAUAAGGAUGAAAUAAGGAAGCUAGCUAGAGCGGAGAUGGUGCAGCGCAUGGAAGAUCAAUUGGCGAAGGAAGGCGUGGACGUCCGAGGUGUUUCAAAUGUGAUGGAGGAGAUGUCGCGGCCUGUGUGGAAAUCAACCAGUGCGUCGGGUGCACCCGACAAUUCUUCACUAAGUCAUUUCUCGGCGAUGACGCGGCCGUGCUGGCUCGGUCGAGCGGUGAGGAAGCGGCAUCGCCACGCCAUCGAGCAGGCGUCGCGUCGAUGGCGUAGAGGUUGACGCGACGAUUCAGCACGAACGCGCCGUAAAUUUUGAUUUCCACACAGGUCGCGGCGGAACCGGGAGCUCUUUCAAUUACCGACGUGGGUGCUGUACGUCGUUAGGGCUUUCUCGACGCUCGAGGGCAUUGGGUUGUCGGUGGACGACUCGUACGCGAUAUUGAAGGAGUGCUACCCGUAUUUAGCCCGUCGCCUAUUUAAAGAUGACUCGCCUAGGGCACGCGCAGCUUUAUCUGCGAUGAUCUACGGCAAGGACCCCAACAAUGGAGUGGACGUGGAAAAGUUCUCGGUCCGCGACGGUGUGGAAAUCAAAAUUUUACGGCGCGUUCGUGCUGAAUCGUCGCGUCGUCCUCCACGCCAUCGACGCGACGCCUGCUCGAUGGCGUGGUGAUGCCGGUUCCUCACCGCUCGACAGAGCCAGGGCGGCCGCGUCAUCGCCGAGAAAUGACUUAGUGCACCCGACGCACUGGUUGAUUUCCACGCAGGAGAUGAUCGACGGCUUCGCGUCGUACACGUCGGCGACGAGCGGCGCGGGUCUAUCGGACGCGUCGACGGAGGUCGUCCUGGCGGACUCGGACAAGGCCUCGCAAGAGGCGCAGCGCGAGCUGGUCGCCGACGUGUUGUUCGCCGAGGAUAGCAACCUCGUGCAAGAGACGGUCGUCAAGGAGGCGGCGUCCCUGCUAGAUGCUUCCGUGCGAGCCGCACUCACGGACGCCAUCGACGCGACGCCCUUGUUGCCUCACAAAUUAUCGGGCGAGGCCGACGACGGGCCGCUACGGUCGGCCAUCGCGGGCCUGCGGAACCUGCCUGGGCCCGCGCGCGCCGCUUUGUUACCUCUGACCGGUGGCGUCGAGGCCGCCGCGGCCCUGGCGGAGGCCGUGGCGCCGCUGGUCAAGGCCGACGAGCGCGACCGCAAGGUGCUGGGCGCCGCCGAGAAGAUCGGUGGCCUGGUGAGUGGGGAUGGAGAGGGCUCUGUCGACCCUCAGAAGGUCGUCGAGGCGCUAUCUACGUCGGACGUGGACCUGCGCAGCGUCGCGACGCCGGAGACGGCGCGCCGCGCGGGCCUCGUGGGACGGCGCUUCGCCGCAGCUGUGCUCGACAGAGCGGCGGAGCGCGCGCACGGCGCGGGCGGCGUCGGCGAGACGCUCGCGUCGGCGGCGCGGCAGGCGUCGGACGUCGUGCGGCCGGCGGCGAAGCCGGAGAAGGAAGAGGUAGCUCCCUAACAAGUUGUGAUACAAUGAUAGUUAGUG